GAUAACAACGUGUUCCUGGUUGGCGGUUCUAUCCCAGAGAAGGACGGCGACACAUACUACAACACCAGUCUCGUUUUUAAUAGGGCCGGUGAGCGUAUUGCGAAGCAUCGCAAGGUGCACCUCUUUGACAUCGACGUCCCCGGAGGCAUACGCUUUAAG